GAACUGUGGUUUUUUUCAUCUGUAAACUGAGGGUCUUGGGCUUGACUGUCUUUAAGUUUUCUUUUAGUUGUAUUAUUAUUCAUUUAAAUUGAAUGUGAAUUUAUAUUUAUCUUUCAGAUUCCAAGUCAAUUAUGGUAGUUGCUGGGGAUUUAAAGAUGAAUUGAGGCCAGACAUGGUGGCUCACACCUGUAAUCCCAGUACUUUGGGACGCUAAGUGGGGAGGAUCACCUGAGGUCAGGAGUUUGAGACCAGCCUGGCCAACAUAGUGAAGCCUCAUCUCUACUAAAAAUACAAAAAUUAGCUGGUCAUGUUGGUGCCUGUUGUAAUCCCAGCUACUCGGGAGGCUAAGGCAGGAGAAUCUCUUGAACCCGGGAGGUGGGGGUUGUAGUGAGCCGAGAUCAUGCCACUGCACUCCAGCCUGGGCAACAGAGUGAGACUCUGUCUCAAACAACAAAGAUGAGUUGAGUGUAGCCCCUAUCCUUCAGAAUCUUCCAGCCAACUUGGGAGACAGACUUAAUAGCUAUAGUAGAGGGAUGUGAAAGAUGCUAUGAGAUCUCAGAGGAGGAGAAUUCUAACUCAUCAUGCUUCAGAAAGAGGCUAUUGUCCUGGGACUGAAAGCUCCAAAAUGAAUGGGAGAGCUCAAUAAGUUAGGGCGUAUUAUAGAAAGGACUGUGCUAGACUCAAGUGUGAUGUGUUGAAUGCCUCCAGGUAAUCCAGUGUGCUUCUUCCUGCUUUUCCACUUCAAAGUAAAUUGUUAGAUACAGCAGAGAUGGGCUCUGGAAAGAAGUGGAAGGCCACAUGAUGGCAUGUAUGUAGUUCUGAGGAGGUUGACAUUUGUCUGAUAGAAACAGGAAACGAUUGAACUUGUGACCUUCCUCUUUGGUUGGCCUUUAGAAUAUCAAGUCUGCUCUCCCCACUGUAAGCAGGAGCACAGCCUUGGAGUGACUCCUUAGUGCCACUGAUACCUGGGAAGACUGUUGAUUAUUCAGUGUUUCAGUCCCAGCUUUGUCUUGCUUUAACAGGAGCACUAAUUUCCUUUCCUUUUCUCCCUUCCCUUGUCACAAUGAUUCUUCUCAUUUGGUCUACUCCUGUCAUUUUUUUACCUACCACAAAGUUAGUAGUCCACCAACAUAUCCUUUCCCUUCUCAGAAUGGAAUCCCACCUGCCAUUUUAUCUUGAGGACCUUAAAAAAUUAAUAACUCUGGUUGUCUAACCUAGGGACUGAAAGAUGACAAAAAUUGUACUACAAAGAAUUGGUAAGGAGUUAUUGUAGCUUAGGUAAGAAAAAAAAAUAAGGGUCUUACUAAGACUGGCAGUGGAAAUGAAAAAGAGGUAACACAUUGGAGGGAAAUUUAGGAGGCAGAAUUGACAGGAUCUGAAAUGGUUUGAAUAUUGUUGAGGUAGAGAAGGAGGAUUAGACAAUCCAGACGACUGGAUGGAAGACGGAUAAAAAAUAAGGGAGAGAAAAGAUGAUUGGUGGGCUUGCAUCUCUGAAGAUAGAAGAAGGGAUUUGAUCUAGAAUGCACAGGAAGAGAUUAGCCUUAAACAGAAAGAAAUUUUUUUUUCUCUGUGGUCUGAAGAGAAGUUCUGCUUGGGAAGAGCAGCCAGUCUACUUGCUUUUAAUAUGCCAUGGGUCGUGCGUUGCUAAAGGAUGUAGUGAUGGAGCUUGAAGGCAGCAACAUUUGCUUCUGUUUGUUUGUCCCACCUUUACUCCGGGGCUUUAGCCUCCUUUUCCAGCCCUCUUCCUCAGAGUGGAGACCAGUGACCUUGAACAGAAAGCUUGGGAGACAACACCCAUCCUUACCUUCAUCUUUACUCUCAUCCUUCCCCACUGGUGACAAGUUGGGAACCAGUUACAUUCAAGGAUGCCUCUGUGGCCUUCACCGAGGAGGAGUGAGGCCACCUGGACUCUGCUCCCAGGAGGCUGUGCAGAGCUGUGAUGCUGGGCAACUACAGAAACUUUGGAGACUUGAAUGAAAAUUCUGUGGAGAAUCUUCAGCAGGAAACACUUCAGGAUCUGUUACAUGAGCUUUCCUUCUGGCUAGUUUUGGAAGGCAUGGCCAGUACAAUUACUGGAAGUCAGGAUUGUAUUGUGAAUCAUCGAGGGGAAAUGGAUGGGGAGCCUGAACUAGAUAUUUCCCCUUGUCAACACUGGGGAGAAGCAUCUUCUCCUAUUUCCAGAAACAGGGACAGUGUGAUGACUCUUCAAAGUGAUUGUUUCAAAAACAUUGAAAGUGAAACAUAUUUGCCUUUGAAAGUCUCAAGCCAAAUAGACACACAAUACUCUUCAGUGAAGUUCUGUAAGAAUGAGCCUCGGGGUCAUCAGGAAAGCAAACGUCUCUUUGUAAUGGAAGAAAGCACUGAGAGAAAAGUGAUAAAGGGGGAAAGUUGUUCAGGGAACCUUCAAGUUAAACUGGUGUCUGAUAGACAAGAACUGGCCUCGCCAUUGUUAAAUGGUGAGGCAACUUGCCAGAAUGGCCAGUUAGAAGAAUCUUCGGAUCCCAUUGACUGUAACUGCAAAGACAUUCAUGGAUGGAAAUCACAGGUGGUCAGUUGUAGUCAUCAGAGAGCUCACACAGAGGAGAAACCCUGUGACCAUAAUAACUGUGGGAAAAUACUUAACACCAGCCCAGAUGGUCAUCCAUAUGAGAAAAUCCACACUGCAGAGAAACAAUACGAAUGUAGUCAGUGUGGUAAGAACUUCAGUCAAAGCUCAGAGCUACUACUUCAUCAGAGAGACCACACAGAAGAAAAACCCUACAAAUGUGAGCAAUGUGGGAAGGGCUUCACAAGGAGCUCGAGUCUGCUUAUCCAUCAGGCAGUCCACACAGAUGAGAAGCCUUAUAAGUGUGACAAGUGUGGGAAGGGCUUCACCAGGAGCUCAAGUCUGCUCAUCCAUCAUGCCGUCCAUACAGGCGAGAAACCUUAUAAAUGUGACAAGUGUGGGAAGGGCUUUAGUCAGAGCUCCAAACUGCACAUCCACCAGCGAGUCCACACUGGAGAGAAGCCCUAUGAGUGUGGGGAGUGUGGUAUGAGCUUCAGUCAGCGCUCAAACCUGCACAUCCAUCAGCGAGUACACACGGGAGAGAGGCCCUACAAGUGUGGUGAGUGUGGGAAGGGCUUCAGUCAGAGCUCGAACCUUCACAUUCACCGGUGCAUCCACACGGGAGAGAAGCCUUAUCAAUGCUAUGAGUGUGGGAAGGGUUUCAGCCAGAGCUCGGAUCUUCGCAUCCAUCUCAGAGUCCACACUGGAGAGAAGCCCUAUCACUGUGGCAAGUGUGGGAAGGGAUUUAGCCAGAGUUCCAAACUCCUCAUCCACCAGAGAGUACAUACUGGAGAGAAGCCCUAUGAGUGCAGCAAGUGUGGGAAGGGCUUCAGCCAGAGCUCCAACCUUCACAUCCACCAGCGGGUUCACAAGAAAGAUCCUCGCUAAGUGACAUUAGCCCAUUCAGGUCUUCACAGCGCUCAUACUGUAAAAACUGUUAAAUAUUUAGUAUCACUCUUACCUUUAUAUUCUACAAAGGAGAGAGAUGUAAGGGUUAUUUAGAUAUGUUCCCUCACUGAAAAAUCAUUCAUUCAAAGUAUUUAAAUAUCAAGCACUUUGUUAUGCUGUACAAUGAAUGGAUUGUUCUUGUUUCUCAGAUGGGUAGAGUAAAAGUGUCUGUACUUUACAAUUCAACUACAUAUUCUACCCAGCAUUUUAACGGCAAGAACUUUAUAUUUAUUCUCAAGCAGGGCAUGUUUCCCUUUGUUCACAUUCUCUGAGAAAUUGAAACUCUGGUUUCUCUUCAAA